AUGGUUCUGGGGAUCUGGUUCCUCUGGGGCCCGCAUAUCCACUGUGGUGGUGAAACAGCCAAGGUGGACCUUAGCUCCCUGGUCCUCCCAGCUGGUCUGACUGUGAGUCCCAGCAGAUCUCAGUUCUUUAAAGGAGACUCUGUGUCUCUGAGCUGUGAGGAGAACAACAGCUCUGCUGGAUGGACUGUAUGCAGGAACACAAAUGGAACCGGGACUCAGUGUGGAGAUGGAUGGGGGAAACUAAAUGGUUCUACCUGUACCAACAGCUACCUCAUCCCAUCAGACAGUGGAGUUUACUGGUGUUCGUCCAGAGAGGGAGCAGCCAGCAGCAGCAUCCAGCUCACUGUCACUGGUGGAUCAGUGAUCCUGCAGAGUCCUGUCCUCCCUGUGAUGGAGGGAGAUGACGUCACUCUGAGCUGUCUAACAAAGACCACUCCCUCCAACCUCCCAGCUGCUUUCUAUAAAGAUGGCUCCUUCAUUGGGACUGAGCCCAAAGGUCACAUGACCCUCCACCAUGUGACCAGCUCUGAUGAAGGCCUCUACAGGUGUAACAUCAGGGGUCAUGGAGAGUCUCCAUCCAGCUGGAUCUCUGUUGAAGGGAAACCAACCACCUCCCACCCUCCUCCAUCCACAUCUUUGUCCAGUUCUCUAUCUCCUCAGGAUACUUCUUCACGUUUUCCUCUCCUUAUUGUUCUUCUAUGUAUCCCUUUGUUUGUAAUUCUUUUGCUUCUGUUUCUACUGGUGAGACGUCAUGUCCAGAGGAAUCCUGAAGUUAUUGAAAAUGAAGGUGGAGAUGAAGAGCUUCUAUACAGUGAUGUACAAACGCAACUACAACCAACCAGAUUCAGGAAAGACAGCGACCAGGCUUCAAUUUACUCAGCAGUGAGAACGGAUGACACCAGAGAUGAACAGAUAAACAUCGGACAGACAGAUGGGGAUGGAUCAUGUGUGCUUUAUGCAUGCGUGAGAAAAGGAAACAUCGACAAACCAAACCAAAGUACGAGCUUCAUCCAUAGCAGAGAUCCUCCAUCACAACCGGCAGUGAUGUCAUCAGCUGUCCAUUCGCCGUCCACCUGACCAGACCUGUAUAGAAUUUAUUCACUUUAAUUUGUUAUGAGAAUGUAUAUAUAUUAAUAUAAAAUUGCAGCUAUUAUAGAAAGUUUUUUUUUUUCUAUCUCACUGUGAAAGGACACUUUUUUCACCAAUUUAAUCCUAGUGGUAUAU